AUGGGGCCAGGCCUGGGACAGCGGCUCGGGCACCUCCACAUCAUCUUCCAGGACCUCCCGGAGGUUCGGGGUUGGGGCCUGGCUAUCCUGGGCUGGCCGCUCACCGGCCAUUUGCUUUUUAGCAGUGCCACCACUGGCUCGCCUUCAUCAUUCCAGGACAGCAGGGCUCCAGACACCGGCGCGCCCAGCGUGGCCCACCCACGCUUCACCCUGGAGACCUUUGAGUGCCUGGCCGCGAGCUACGCGGGCCGCCUGUGUGAGCAGUUGCGGCAGUUCUGGGCCGACCACUUCUCGCGCCGCUUCUCGCCGCGGAGGCCGCCGCUGCGCCGCAUCUCAUCCCUGUCCACUUUCUAUCUGCUGGACCAUCGCACGCGCCAGGCCGAGCUGGGGCUGAGCUACGGCGCGCCGCGCACCCGGCUGAGCGACGAGUCCUUCGUGUUCCGCGGCGGCCGCUGGAGCGCGGAGGGGCAGCGCGCACGCACGCGCACGCCCCUGGCCUCGCCCGCCCGCCCGGCCUGGAAGCCGCAGCCGAUCAAGAGCCAGGCGCUGCUGGAGGAGAACAACUACCUGAAGCUGCAGCAAGAACUGCUCAUGGAUAUGCUGACCGAGACCACGGCGCGCAUGCACCUGCUGGAGAAGAAGGUGGAUGCGGUUGCCGACCCCGCGACCGCAGCGCGCGCCUGGCAGAGGAAGAUGCGCAAGGCCGAGGGGUCGGGCGGGCUUAAGAAACAGACGCGCGCUUCGGAGUCGCGGUGACGAAAUAAAGCCAUGCAUA